AUGAUUUACGAGGUGAAUUCACCGCUUCUCCAAUCGUUACUGAGCCAGAAGGGAGGUGCAUCUGAGAAGAGAACAGAAGAGCAGAAGCCCAAUGAACACAGGCCAAAAGCAAGUGAAAACAAGUCUCUCAUAAGAGGUGACAGAUUUGACAAUAUCUAG